AUGGCGACAGUUCAGAAUGAUGUUAUGGCUGGAGGAAGCGUAAAGAACAUUGUUGAUCGUUUUUCUCGAGAUUUUUCUUCCUCAAAACCCCCUAUCUCUGUUAGCGACGGCAGCAAGAAAGCUCUCGCUCCCAAACCAUCUACAAAUCCCUUGGUUGUCGUUACAUUCCAAUAUGCUGCUACACAACCUGAUGAAUUGUCCUUAAAUCUUGGAGACAUCAUCGAGAUUCUCGAAGAACUUGAAGAAGGAUGGGCCAAGGGCAGAAUCCAACGCUCAGGAGAAAUUGGAGCUUUCCCUACAAACUUUGUUGAAACCAAGAACUCUCCUGUUGCUUCUUCAGCCCCACCAAUUGCGAAAGAAGAAGUUGUAACAAGAAGAACUAUUUCGGAGGAAAAGCCAGAGGCCAUAAAGAGAACUCCAUCAGUUGUCCUUCCAAAUUCUUCCUUACCAGUAGCUCCAGUUAAGAAAGAUGAUCAUAAAGAGGAGAAGACCAAAGAGAUGGCUAGAAUCAAGUUUGUUUAUGAGCCACAAAAUCCUGAUGAAUUGCACUUAGAUGAAAUCGGUGCUCUUAUCGAGAUUAUAAGGAAAGAUUGUGGAGACGUUGGAUGGUUUGAAGGGGAAAUGAAUGGCAGAAAGGGCUUGUUUCCUGAUAAUUUCGUUGAACUAGUAACAAUGCCCGUAGCAUGCAAAUCUGGAAGUCCUAAGGCAUCGAAUGUUACAAAGUUCGAGAGACCUAUGAAAGCGCCGCUUGUUCCGCCCACGGAUGCAACUAUAGCCCCCCCAGCUGUUCCAGCUAAGCCUUCUAAAACAAAAUUAGCAGAAACAAAUCAGUUUAUGAAUUCAUCAGCCCCUCCAGCUCCUGCUUCUUCAACGAAGCCAGUUUCCUCCAAUUUUGCUGAUAUUCGGAGCAAACUAGCUCAAGGGUUAAAAGUUGUCGCUCCUGGUGAUGCUGUCCAUUCUGUAUUAUCAAAAUCCACAAUAGUUUCCUCAGGAUCUUAUUCUGAACCUAGUGGUCCUAAUCUUCGUCCUCUUAGCACAAUAGAGCAGGCUCGGUACGAAGAUAAAGACGAAGCAUCUCAACUUAACCAUAUCACAAAAGAUAGACCUCGCCCUCCCGGAAAACGCCCGAUGAGUGUUUUGGUCCAAAAGAAGAGACAAUCCAAUGAUAAUGUCCUCGAUAGUCCAUCAGACGUCGCAUCUCCAGUCUCUUCUAAUCAAAUUACUUCAUCUGAGGUGAUUUCUAGUUCUGCUAAAAGUCCUGCUGCUAUGAUGCCUUCAUCAAGAGACGAUUCUAAGAAAGAAGAUCCUCCAUUAAGCACAAAAUCUUCAAGUAGUUUAUCUUUCUCUGUAAGGGAUAGAUCUUUUGGCAAUACAUCAUCUGUUGACUCAUCCCCUUACAAAGGAAAUGUUGGAGGGUCAGGAGAUUCUGACUACGUUAGCCGAAAGGAAUAUAAUGAGCUACAAGCUAAGGUAACAGCUCUGGAAAACCGACUCGCUCAACUAGAAAGAAAUAAUCGGUAA